GGUCCUGACGCUGCUCUCCAGAGGUGAUGUGAGCUGAACGUGCGGGGAAGCCGCAGAGGAGCUGUCCGUCUGUCGAGGUGCUGAUGCGGCUGUGACAGAAGCGAGCAUGGCUGCCGGGAAGUUACUGCUCUACGCCGGGCUCUCUCUUUCUCUCUGCGCCCUGGGCAUGCUGGCCGUGGCGAUGUGCUCCGACCACUGGUACGAGACUGACGCCAGGAGGUACAGGGAGCGGUGCCGAAGCUUUUCCAGCCGCCGCAAGGACCCGGGCUUCAUCUACAUCCCCAACAACAGCCUGCCGCUGCGGGCCAGCCGGAGCAGCCUGCCCCGCUGGGAGGAGAAGCUGCUGCUGGCCCGGAACCGGCGGCAGCUGUUCGCCAUGAGCGCCGCGGAUGAGUGCAGCAGACAGUAUAACUCCACCAACAUGGGGCUGUGGAGGAAGUGCCAUCGGCUGGGCUUCGACCAAGAGAUCGAGGACCUCAUCCGGAAAGGUUCCAUUGCAAGGUGCUCCUACAUCAAGUAUCACUACUCCUCGGCUAUGAUACCCAAAAACCUCUCCUACAACAUCACCAAGACAAUAAGGCAGGAUGAGUGGCACUCUCUCCACUUGCGGCGAAUGACGGCAGGUUUCAUGGGCAUGGCGGUGGCCAUCAUCCUGUUCGGUUGGAUCAUCGGCGUGCUAGGCUGCUGUUGGGACAGAGGCCUCAUGCAAUACGUUGCCGGCCUCCUCUUCCUCAUGGGAGGAACUUUCUGCAUCAUCUCCCUCUGCACCUGCGUUGCCGGCAUCAACUUUGAGCUUUCCCGUUACCCGCGGUAUCUCUACGGCCUGCCUGAUGACAUCGGCCAUGGCUAUGGCUGGUCCAUGUUCUGCGCCUGGGGAGGCCUGGGCCUCACCCUCAUCGCGGGCUUCUUCUGCACCUUGGCUCCCUCCGUUCAGCCGAUACCGCGAUCCACCUGCCCCAAGUCCCGGCAGGAGAACGGGACCGUCUGCUAAAGCUGGCAGCUGUGAGAAGACCAACUGAACCCACAGAUUGACAACAAGCAAACAGAAAAAAACUGCUCCAUGUCUUCAUCCGUCCACUCAUCUCCAGUCUUUCUGGUUACAGAUUCUUUUUUAUUUGUGUGUGUGUGUUUAAAAUGGGUGUCUUGGUGGUCUGCUAUCUUGAAAAUAACUGAAGAACUAAAGAAAUAUUAUCAAAAAUAUGAAGUUGUGCUUGUUUUUAUGUUGUGGAGCAGACCUGAAGUGGACCCUGACCAAGAAAAGUUGCAAUGGAAAUACACAGAGACACUUAAAGACUAGAUUUUUGACAGUGGAGUGGUUGUA